AUGGAAUUCACUCCAGGACCUGCUGUCCACCAAAUUCUCUGUGCUGAUUGCGGUACUCCCAUCGUACCGAAUACUGCAAAUUUGUGUGUUUCAUGCUUGAGAAAUACUGUCGAUAUCACGGAAGGAAUCCCAAAGCAAGCUUCUGUGUCCUUCUGCCGUAAUUGCGAACGCUUCCUCUCUCCACCACAAGCAUGGGCGCUCGCACAACCAGAAUCAAGAGAGCUCCUCUCAAUCUGCUUGAAAAAACUAAAAGGAUUGAAUAAAGUCCGAUUAACCGAUGCCCAUUUCAUCUGGACGGAGCCCCACUCAAAGCGAUUACGGGUAGCGAUGACGAUCCAAAAAGAGGUCCUCACGAACACCAUUCUUGAGCAAACCUUUGAGAUCGAGUACCUUGUACAACAUGGGCAAUGUCCAGAUUGCGCUAAACUUGCAGCAAAGAACACCUGGAAGGCUUUGGUACAGGUCCGGCAAAAGGUCCAUCACAAACGGACUUUCUUGUACCUCGAGCAGUUGAUUCUCAAACACAACGCCCAAAAAGAUACCAUCUCAGUAAAAGAAGUCCGAGAUGGUCUCGAUUUCUUCUACAGCUCGCGGAGUCACGCUCUGAAGAUGGUCGAGUUUCUAGGGAGCGUCGUGCCCAUCAGAUCAAAAGCUUCGGAACAGCUGCUAUCUUCCGACACGCACACCAACACCGCCAACUUCAAGUACACAUACUCCGUCGAAAUCGUUCCAAUCUGCAAAGACGAUCUCGUCUGCAUACCCUUAAAACAAGCUCGACAGCUGAGCAACAUCAGCCCCUUGACGGUAUGCGUCCGCGUAGGCAACUCGAUCCAGCUCCUCGACCCCGCCACGCUCCAAUCCUGCGACAUCCCCUCCCAAGUGUACUGGCGCACCCCCUUCGACUCUCUAGCAAGCGUCACCGACCUCGUCGAAUUCACCGUCCUCGACAUCGAACCCGACCACACCAAAAAAACAAAAGGCAAGCACAUCAUGGCGGACGUCCAAGCGGACGAAGACGAUGGGUUGAUGGACUACGAGGACCAAGGACUGACGAACCAGAUAUACCACACCCGCACGCACCUCGGCGCGAUCCUCCAGCCGGGGGACGCCGUGCUAGGCUACCACCUCACCAACGCAAACUACAACUCGGACGACUUUGCCAGUCUACCCGUGGGUCGGAUACCCGACAUCAUCCUCGUCAAAAAGACCUAUCCGAACCGGAGGAAGAAGAACAAGGCUAGGAAAUGGAAGUUGCGGAGUAUUGCGAAGGAGGCUGGGGAGGAAGGGGAGACGAGUGGGGCUAGAGGGGUGGUGGGAAGGAUGGGUGGUAGGGACCAUAAGAAGGUUGAGGAGGACUAUGAGCUGUUCCUUCGUGAUUUGGAGGAAGAUCCGGAGAUGCGGCAGGGUGUUAAUUUGUACAAGGCUCCGGAGGUCAAGAUGGCUGAGCCUGUUGUGCAAGAGAAGAAAGGUGGAAGGAGGAGGGGACAGAAUCAAUAUUCGAUGGAUGUGGAUGAUACGCCUGAGGAGAGGGUGCCGUCAAGUGUUGUCGAUGGUGAUGGGGAGGAUAAAGAGGAGGAAGAAACUGAUUUCCCUGAUGUCGCUUUGGAUGAGCUACUAGAAGGUUUCGACGAGAUGACUCUUGCGGCUGGGGAGCAUGAGGAGCAGGAGCAGAAGUAGUUGUUGUAUGUCUCAAUUGACUUGAAUACAUGGAUUAAUUCUGCG